AUGGAUCAUCAGGGACGUGGAAGAGGAAGGGCAGGUGACUGGAGUGGCAGGGAAGGUAGGAGGGGAAUGGAUCAUCAGGGUAGCAGUAAUGGGCAUGGACGAGGGCGUGGACAGGGGCGUGGGAACAGAGGUGGCUUAGGUAAUGGAAGGGGUGAUAACAACUGCAAUGGGGGCGACUCUGGAAACAAUACCUCUUACUGGCAUGAUAAUGGGAUGGCCACUUUUAAAACUGGUGGUGGAAAUUUGGGUUCUGGCUCUAGUUAUUGGGGCAACAAUACUGGUGGAAAUGCUAGCAGUUGUGGUUGGGGUGGCAGUGGGCAACCUAUGAAUGCUGGUGGUCGCAAAUGGGGUGGAAGUGGUGACAAUUCUCAAGGAAUUCUUGGAAGUCGUUCCGCAAGUGGCAGUAGUUGGAUGGCUAGGAACAACGGAGGAGGGAAUGAUGGUUGGGGUACUGGGGCCAGCAGCGAUUGGAGUCAUGGUGGUUUUAAUACUAAUUCUCAAUCUGGGAAUACUGGAUGGGGUGCUGGUUCUGGAAAGAGUUCAUCUCACCCUGCUGGUGGGAGUGGAUGGUCAGGAAGUAGUGGUGGUCGUUGGUGA